UCCUAGGAAUUGUGUUCACUUGGCUGUCAGCGUUCCUCCUGACGGCUCCACGCAAGCACACACCAAUGAUAAUCUGCUUUCCAUGGGAAUUUCUUUGGCCCGCUGAUAAUGUACACCCGUGCUGUCGAGCUUUAGUGCACCAGGAAAUCAAGGUGUUCCUACGACUGCGAUUUUGGAGAAUCGCGUCUCGUGACGCGAGUUGGGUGACUGAUAUACAUAAGCAAACGAUUCAGGCGAGAUUAGUAGUAGGCUCGUUCCGCUGAUUCUGCCAUGGCGAUGUAUCAAGGACCCGUGGGCACGCCACCGAACCAAGGUUAUUAUGGCCAGCCUCCGCCUCCCCCGCCGAGCUAUGGACCACAGGCAGGAGGGUACCCCUACCCCCCUCAAAGCUAUCCCCCUCAAGGCUAUCCAGCCCAGGGUUACCCCCCUCCCCCGCCUGGUGCCGUAAUUGUCACUGAACGACGGGGAAACGCCUUCGACGACUUCUGUGCUGGCCUCCUCGCUUGUCUUUGCUGCUGCUGCAUGAUGGAUGCCCUCACUUAGUCUGCAAUUGACAUCAGGGAGGGAAAAUAAUGAAUUGUGAUGUGAGGAGUUGCAGCAACAUGAUUGAUUUGAGGUUAGGCCCUUCAAUACAACCAAGCAUGAGCUGUCAUUUACAUGGAGAGAUGUACUCUCCAUUAUUUAGCACCUAAAUAUUCUCUGUUUAUAUUGCCAUCGCUGCUAUAAUGCUCUCUGAUUUGUUGAUUGUGUCAUGGAUAGAUGCCUUAUCGUGAGCAUAUUCAAUGUUAUUUUGGGCUGGUUUGAACAAAUUCUGACACCCACACACACAGAAUGAUUUUCCCGCUAUUUUUGCCGAACCGCCAGACAUCUCCUCUCCCUCCAACCAAGUUACUCUUCAGGGCGGCUACUCCUUUCUCUUUCACCUCAUCCCUUAUCCAUUCACCGUUCGGCUUCUAGUCUCUAGGUUUGCUGCUAGAAUUCAACGGCUUUAGCAUAGUCCUUCUCUGGAGUCCUUGGCAGCGUUGCGAUCGUACUUAUGCCGCCUUCCUUCUCCCCCCUCCCUCCCCAUCUGCUCGUCCCGCGUUUCCUCUGCCGUUGAUUCUGAGAGUUGAUGGCGGUGGGUCUAUCAGCGGAGGCUGCUCGGCCAUCGAGAAACGUCAGGCAUCAAGAGACGUCAGGCAUCAAGAGACGUCAGGCAUCAAGACACGUCAGGCAUCAAGAGACGUCAGCCAUCAAGAGACGUCAGCCAUCAAGAGACGUCAGCCAUCAAGAGACGUCAGGCAUCAAGAGACGUCAGGAAUCAAGGAGGAAACACCACGGAGACCUGGGACUCCCAUGCCUCCCUGCUCCGUCCGUCACCCUUGGGACUCCCGUGCCUCCCUGCUCCGUCCGUCACCCUUGGGACUCCCAUGCCUCCCUGCUCCGUCCGUCACCCUUUGGACUCCCGUGCCUCCCUGAUCCCCCCCCAGCCCAUGCUCUCCACCUACUCCCUCGGACAUCUGGGCCUUGGCCCUGCAGCCCUCAUCCCCACUGUAGACGCCUCUGCUGCAAGCAUUCUGGCUGUGCGCUAGCCACUUUGGUUCUGCCCGUGACUGUGCUGCUAGAGGGGUGUUUAGCCGUGACUCUUCUGCUAGAGGGUGCUUGACUAUGCUGCCGGAGGGUCGUUUUCCCGUACUUUUGGUUGGUUGUCUCCUCGGUCUUGCCUACCUUCUGCCUUCCUUCCUUCCUUCCCGCGCCCCCCCCUGGGCUCUAUCACAUGAGAACGAAUGGAGGGAGGGACGGACAGGGAAGGGCAGGGAGGUGUACAGGCCAUCCGGCUGAGAGCAAAGGCCAGCUGAUAGGCGCAGGUAGAGGGGCGGUGUGUUGUUGUUUGUUGCAUGUGACAUGGUGUGGUGUGAUCUGACACGGUGUGCCAUGUGUCUCAUGGCAUGGUAUGGUAUGCUGCAAGGUGUGCUACCUAUGCCAUGGAUUGCUGUUUCCCAUGGCAUGGUGUGGUUUGUUGCGCAUGGUAAAAGGUCAUGUGUUCUUGAUUGAUACUAAUGUUAAGAUGAGCUAGCUAGGGGGAGAAGCCAUGAAUGGCAAGAGAGAAGAGAGUGAGAUUAGAAGAGAGAGGGAUACAAGGAGGGAGUUGUACCCUCUAUAGUAGGAUCCAGCAACACCUACCAAGCCUACAAUUAUAUAUCUAUAAUAUAAUUUAACACACGCU